AUGGCUACGGGCAACGUGCGAUAUGCUCGUUACGUCCUCUUCGCGAUCUUCGGCAUCGUCGUGAUCUACCUAAUAUCGACCUCCUCGUUACCUCAAUACACUGAACCAUUAAAAGAUCAUGCCGGUCAACUGCUGGGAGGCUUUAAGGGAGCACCGCAGGCAGAAGAUCAAAAAAUAUAUAGCACUGCAACCACUACGGCUUUGUCGUCCCAACCUACCUCCGUUAAUCCGGCGCUGACUCACUUUCCCCUUGACGAUCUCACACCUUCGGCGCCCGAAGGAAAGGCCAACGCGACUUUCGUUACUCUGGCUCGAAACUCAGACAUAUGGGAAAUAGCACGUUCCAUUCGUCAGGUCGAGGACAGAUUCAACAGAAAUUAUCACUACGAUUGGGUCUUCCUAAACGACAAGCCAUUUGACGACACUUUCAAGAAAGUUACCACUUCACUCGUAUCAGGCAAAACUCACUAUGGCGAGAUCAAGGAAGAGCAUUGGUCUUUCCCGUCAUGGAUUGAUCAGGACAAGGCCAGACAGGUCAGAGAAGAUAUGGCGCAAAGGAAGAUCAUCUAUGGCGAUUCCAUCAGUUACAGACACAUGUGCAGAUUUGAGUCUGGCUUCUUCUUCCGUCAACCUCUCAUGAUGAACUAUGAAUGGUACUGGAGAGUUGAGCCCAGUGUUGAACUCUUCUGCGAUGUUCACUAUGAUCCUUUCAAGUUCAUGAUUGAGAACAAGAAGAAGUACAGCUUUGUCCUCAGCCUGUACGAGUACGUUGAGACUAUUCCGACCUUGUGGGACAGCGUCAAGAAAUUCAUGAAAAAACAUCCUGAGCAUCUCGCUGCGGACAACUCUCUUGAAUUCUUGAGUGACGACAAUGGCGAAACCUACAACAAAUGUCACUUUUGGUCUAACUUUGAGAUUGGCAACCUGGACUGGCUUCGAUCCAAGGCCUACAUUGACUUCUUUGAAACACUCGAUAAGGACGGUGGUUUCUUCUACGAACGAUGGGGCGACGCGCCAGUUCACUCAAUAGCUGCCGGCCUUCUCCUCGACAAGUCUGAGAUCCACUUCUUCAACGAUAUUGCCUACUACCACGUCCCAUUCACUCACUGUCCAACUGGUGAAGAUGUUCGCCUCAAGCUAAAAUGUCACUGCAACCCUGAGCAGAAUUUUGACUGGAAGAGCUACUCGUGUACAAGUCGAUACUUUGAACUGAACAAACUGGAGAAGCCAGCUGGCUGGCACGAUCAGCAAUAA